AUGGCGAGGAAAAUCCAUGAGCUAUCGCGUUCCACGGCCAGCUCCAUCGCAGAGCUGCCGGACCGUGGAAUGCGUCGACUUGCCCGUCUGGUCUGGACAAUGGCAGCUGUCUUCCGCUCAAGCCUGAACCUCAGGCCGGUGGCCCGCUUGCACGCUGCCCGCUCCUUUAGCACUGCCCCCCUUCGACGGCCUGAGCAGCCAUACUUCCCGAAUGAGCCCCAAGCUCCUAUUGUGAAGACGGCCAUUCCAGGCCCGAAGAACAAGGCCGCCGCGGCGGAGCUGGACGAGGUCUUCGACAUCCGCAGUCUGAACUUGCUUACGGACUACUCGAAAUCCGUCGGGAAUUACAUUGCUGACCUGGACGGCAACGUGCUUCUCGAUGUAUACGCUCAGAUCGCUUCUAUUCCCGUUGGCUACAACAAUCCUCGCCUUGCUGAGGCAGCUACUACUCCGGAGAUGGUCAGGGCUCUGAUCAACAGACCCGCCUCCGGCAACUUCCCCUCCGCCGAGUGGUCGCACAUUUUGAGGACCGGUCUCUUGAAGGCUGCUCCCAAGGGCCUGAACCAGGUCUU